AUGGACGCAUCUCGCCCUCUGCUGGCUGGAGAUGCUGGUAACGAUGAGGAUCAUAUUAUUCCCUCAACUGACUGUUUAUUCAGAUAUCUAUCGUCUUGUAAUGGUGUAUAUGCUACCAACGGGAAGACGCAGAGCAAUGGCCAUGCACACGAUCUGAUGCCGUACUUCGUCCCUAGUAAUGGCAAAGAAGAUGAGGAUUUGAACGAGGACAAGCUGCUGGUAUGUUAUCAGUCUUGUAGUCAAUGGCCAUGCUGGAAAUGGGUAUUUCCUGAUCGCAUUAGCGAUUAUGAGGACUUUGCCACGUCGGCGCAGAUUGGGGAGAUCUAUUCACUGCGACAGACGGCCCGCGAGCAGUUUGAUCCAAUGUUGCCAGAGGAUGACGAUAUGCUGCAGCAUCUAUGGAGCGGUUUGUUUCCAAUGCUACCUUAUGAAGGACGCGUUAACGUGCGCUGGCGAGACGUGGGUUUUCAAAAUGAUGAUCCGGUGUCAGACCUUCGGACCUCCGGACGGCUGGCUAUCCGGAUGCUACUCUACUUUUCAGAUCAUCUGAACGAUGAAUUCAAGCGUAUGCUAAGGGAAAAUCGUUUUCCCGUGUGCGUGUGCGCACUGAACUUGCUCGAGAUGCUGUUGUGCCACUUAAAACUCAAGGAGCCACUACCACUUGUUUGUCCGUGUUGCGGCACGGAGAACGCCGAUCUGGAGACAUCACAGCAACCCAGUCGGACUCAUCCAGAGCUGUGUGGUUUCACAGCAUUAAUGAGCGACGCGUCCUCACUCGCGUCAGCAGCUUUUUCUCAUCGAUUAGCGUGUGCAGAAGGCGGGCCUGCAGAGGUAGCUCUUGCGCAUGUAUUUGCCCACUCACUUUUAGUGAUGGACGACGUAUGGAAGCAACAGCUGCAGCGAAACCCGACCACGACGCUAAUGUACUUCCGUGAAGCCCUUGUAGAGACUCGAACACGUAUUGUGGUUUUCCUUUCUCGCCGAUGCAUCCCCCUUACGCUAGCAGAGCUUGAUGUAUGGGGCUAUCGGCAGCUAGCACGGUGCCAUAGUAUUCGAGAGAAUACGUAG